GCGGCGCAAGCCGGGCGCCGAGGACAAGGGGCCGCGGGCAGGGCCGGCCGGCCGGCGGGCGGAGCGCCGCCGCCGACGCACACGAGGUGACCAGGCAUUGAUGCACCCCCAGGGAGGCCACGCGCUCAAGGAGGCCACCCCCGCUGGCUGCUGCUCACAUGGUUUCUGGGCCCCUGGCACUACGGUGGUACGCGUGGGCAGGGCGAGGGGACAUGGGGCCCGACAUGGAGCUGCCCAGCCACUCCAAGCAGCUCUUGUUGCAGCUGAACCAGCAGAGGACAAAGGGCUUUCUGUGUGAUGUCAUCAUCAUGGUGGAGAACUCCAUCUUUCGGGCCCACAAGAAUGUUCUGGCUGCCAGCAGCAUCUACUUCAAGUCCCUAGUCCUGCACGAUAACCUCAUCAACCUGGACACGGACAUGGUCAGCUCCACGGUGUUCCAGCAGAUCCUGGACUUCAUCUACACGGGCAAGCUGCUGCCCAGCGACCAGCCAGCUGAGCCCAAUUUCAGCACUCUCCUCACUGCCGCCAGCUACCUCCAGCUGCCCGAGUUGGCAGCCCUCUGCCGUCGUAAACUCAAGCGAGCCGGCAAGCCCUUUGGCUCCGGACGGGUGAGUGCCACCGGCAUGGGGAGGCCUCCCCGCAGCCAGCGGCUGUCCACAGCCUCUGUCAUCCAGGCACGGUAUCCGGGGCUCAUGGACGGACGCAAGGGGGCCCACACCCCCCAGGAGCUCCCCCAGGCCAAAGGCUCAGAUGACGAGCUCUUCCUCGGAGGCUCAAGCCAGGAAGGCGUGCAUGGCCUGAGCCGGGCCGUCUGUCCCGCCAGUGGGGAGGCUGGCCUGGGCAGCUGCAGCACCAAUGGGAGCAGUGGGGGCUGCGAGCAGGAGCUGGGCCUGGACCUGUCCAAGAAGAGCCCUCCCCUGCCCCCUGCCACCCCCGGUCCCCCCCUGACCCCGGAAGACCCUGCCCAGCUGAGUGACAGUCAGCACGGCUCGCCCCUCUCAGCCUCUGCCCCUCCUGUUGCCAACAGUGCCUCUUAUGCUGAGCUGGGGGGCACCCCCAAUGAGCCCAUGGAUCUGGAGGGGUCUGAGGAUAACCACCUGAGUCUGCUGGAGGGGCCUGGUGGGCAGCCCCGGAAGAGCCUGCGGCACUCAGCCCGCAAGAAGGAAUGGAGCAAGAAGGAGCCUAUGGUUGGGUCCCCCUUUGAGCGGAGGGAAGCAGGGCCCAAGGGCCCUUGCCCGGGGGAAGAGGGCGAGGGGCUAGGGGACAGGGUUCCCAAUGGCAUCCUGGCCAGCACCGUUGCGGGGGGUGGCCCCAGUGGGCCUUACACGGAGCCCCCGUACUCCUGCAAGGAGGAGGAGGAGAAUGGCAAGGAUGGAAGUGAGGACAGCGGGCAGAGUGGGAGCGAGGGGGGCAGCGGCCACGCCGGUACCCACUACAUGUACCGGCAGGAGGGCUAUGAGACGGUGUCCUAUGGGGACAACCUGUAUGUGUGCAUCCCCUGCGCCAAAGGCUUCCCCAGCUCUGAGCAGCUCAAUGCCCACGUGGAGACACACACAGAGGAGGAGCUGUUCAUCAAGGAGGAGGGUGCUUACGAGACAGGCAGCGGGGGCGCCGAGGAGGAGGCUGAGGACCUGUCGGCACCCAGCGCGGCCUAUGCUGCUGAGCCCCGGCCCUUCAAGUGCUCCGUCUGCGAGAAGACCUACAAGGACCCUGCCACGUUGCGGCAGCACGAGAAGACACACUGGCUGACUCGGCCCUUCCCCUGCAACAUCUGCGGCAAAAUGUUCACCCAGCGCGGCACCAUGACACGUCACAUGCGGAGCCACCUGGGCCUGAAGCCCUUUGCCUGCGAUGAGUGUGGCAUGCGCUUCACCCGCCAGUACCGCCUCACUGAGCACAUGCGCGUGCACUCGGGCGAGAAGCCCUAUGAGUGCCAGCUCUGCGGAGGCAAGUUCACCCAGCAGCGCAACCUCAUCAGCCACUUGCGCAUGCAUACUUCCCCCUCCUAGCUCCUAGAAGCCAAAGACCCUUCUCCCCGGCCCAAGGGUGCCCUCUGCAGACUCGCCCUCGGGAGCCAACGGAAGGAAGAAAGAAGCACGGAGGCCAGGCGGGAGGGGCCAGGACCCCCAGGUCCCACAGGGGUAGCUCCUGGUGGCACCUCCAGCCAGCCCCCCCACACCCAGAGCUUUAAUGGACAGUCUGUACCAAGGGAAGAGAGAGGAGAGAAGCCGAUGGGCCCAAGCUCCGCAUGUGCAUUGCUGGUGUGCAGUCUACCUCCCGAUUCCGCCCAGGCCUCUGGCUCCCCGAGACGGCCACUGCGGGGCCCAUGGGAGUGGGUCAUGGGGGUCUUGCUGGCAUCUGGCCCCUUUCCCGCAGGCUGGGUCAGAGCAGGGGGCAGUGGGGGCCUCCCUCUGCUGGGGAGGAGCAGGGCUGCCCCGUGGCCAGGGGCGGUGUCUGUGUGCAUGCACGAGUGCUUGUCUGUGUGCGGGCCACCCUGGCUCUUCGGGGAAUGGUGCUGGAGGGGAGGGGACAGAGCCCUCCUUCCUGGAGCCAGGGGUCACUGCUCACUGGCGCUGGGACAGUCAGGGGGCCCCCCACCGCCUACCUCUCCACAGCUAAAGAGCCCUCUGGGCCUAGGUUGCUGUUAUUCCUACUGAUCUGUUCCUUUUUUCUUUUUGAAUUUUGUUUUUUAAACCAAAACUAACAAGAGUUUAUUUUCCUCCCGGCCCCUCGGGGCUGAGCCUGGGUCUGCAGACUGAAUGUACAGGGGCAGCUGUCCUCCUGCCCCCGCCCCAGCUGAGGGGCGCCCACCCCUCCAGGCCCCAGAAGCCCUUCUAGGCCAAAGGCUUCCCUGGGCCCCGAGCCCCGCCUCGGCUGCCUCAGGAGAGAGAGUGAUUUACCUAUAGUUUCCGAGGAAUAUUCUUUGUUUAGAGGUACUUCUUUUUUAUUAAGAGAAAAACCAGUGUAAUGUUUAUGUGAAUGUUUGAACUGGAAGGUCUGGGACUUGUGGGGGGAGGGGGGAGGCUGGACUCAAUGCCAGAGCCGUCGGUACUCUUCUUUUUCAUUUUCUGUGUGUGUGUGUGUGUGUGUGUGUGUGUGUGUGUGUGUGUGUGUGUGUGUGUGUGUGUGUGUGUGUGUGUGUGUGUGUGUGUGUGUGUGUGUGUGUGUGUGUGUGUGUGUGUGUGUGUGUGUGUGUGUGUGUGUGUGUGUGUAUGUAGUGUGCUCGGUGCGUGUGGACAGAUAAUUGCGCUUUCCUUCCUUCCUUCCCAAUCAAGGUGGAGAGACUUCUGACCUUUUGCUACCUCUUGAAUUCAUGAGAACAGUACGUUGGUGACUGGCAGUUGAGGCCGUGACACUUGUUUUCCUCCUGUUAGUGUGCAUAGGAAGACGCGCGUUUGAGUGAGCCAGGCUCUGCCUGGCCCAGGUGGCCCUACUGGGCCCUCCACCCCCAGUGCUCUUAGAGGGGAGCUCCUGCAGCAGCUGAGUCAGCUCGCAUGUGUCUUUACCCCCAGAGCAUGCGGCUAGCUGUGUCCACCCUGUGGGUGUUCUGAGUCCGUUGUGAAGCGUCAGGGAGCCUGCGUGUGUGCCUCUGAUCUGGGGCUGGGUGAGGCAGGUGAGUGCUCCAGCCCCAUGGGAGAUCGGGGCCUGGAGCCAGCUCCCUGCAGUUCCCUGCCAGGGCCAGGAUGAGGUGGAAGUGAGCCCCCCCCUCCAUCCUGUCUCCUGGGCCUGCAAGAGCUGGGACUUGGGAGAGCAGCAACCCCUCCCAGCCAGUGCAGAGGCUUAGGGAGGCACUGGCCAAAGUGAUGUAUAUACCCUCCUGGGGGACAGGGAGAGGGGACCUACCCUGCUUUGGCACCUUCUCUGAGCAGUCCUGGCUGCUCUGGCAAGAGGCUGGCUGCCACCCAUUGGCUCAGCUCUGUCUGGAGUCCCACCCUUUACCCCUCAACCCUCACCUUGGGGUUUCUCUACCAGCCACAGGACCCCUCCAUGGGCUGGGAGUCGGGCUCACAAGGCCAGACCAAGGUCGCCGUGGUUGGUCCCACUGUCCUCAGCUGACUGGAGCCACAGGAUUAGGCCAGCAGCUUUAUCUUCAUUUUGCUUCAUGCUUUUCUUUUUUUUUCCUUUCUACUUUACGUUCAGACCAAAAAAUUCCAGAGUCAUCCUCCACCCUCACCCCUCCAGAGACCCUCCAGCUGAAAACAGCCUGAGUUCAGGGACCCGAAUGGUGAAGGGUGUGUUUUGCAAGUGAGGGCUUCUGGCUGAGCCCAUCUCAAGGCACCCCCAGCCCCAAGCUGGAUCUUCUUCCCUAUGGGUGGGAAACAGAGCACUAGACCUAGGGUCUUGUGAUCCCACAAGUCAGGUGAGGAGGCACGGUGCUUUCCAGGCCCCUCUGCCCUCCCGACCCCACCCCACUCCGUCAGCACUUAAGCCACACGACACAAAGUCUGUACCACACGGGAAUUUUAUGUGCGCCUGGCCUGUGUGUGGCCUCUCGGGCCGUGGGCAGCCGCAUCCAUGAGGUGACCCGUGAGAGUAGGUAAUUCAUUUGCAGAGCUUCAGGGACUGGGCGCAAAGGCCCCUCACUCAACGACGUUCGUGCGACAUAGUAUUGUACCCACCUGAGUAUUGUAUCGAGCCUUUUCUGUAUUUUAACAAGAAAGCAAAACACUAGUUUCCUAUUUAAGAUUUUAAGGGUUUGUGGGGUGGGGUGGGACUAACACAACACUUGGUUUUGUUUUCUUUUUCCUUUGAUUUCAUGUGGAGUGUGUGCUUGCGAAUGUGUGCGUGGAAAUGUGUUAAGAGCCUCACAAGGAAAUUAGGCCGUUGGAGGCCAAGGGCGGCUUACAGUUCUCUGCUUUAGUCACUUAAUUCCUGAAUGUUUCGGAGAAACAGGAAACAGAAAAUAGCAGAUGUCAUGUAGGAAAGAGAGGAUAAACAAACAAACAAACAAAAAAAAAAAAAAAAAGCUCAUACCCAAAUUCACAAAACCUAUUUUUUAAACCAAAGCACAUUUUGAAUGAGUAUGGAACCUCAAUGGGCUCAGAAAAAAAAAAAAGAUACUAAUAUAUUUAUCUCAUUGUUUACAUAAACUUUUACAGUUUCAGACCUCAGCAGCUGUAAGGCCAGUCCCAGUGAAUCCCCACCUUCUGCUGGAGGCCCUUCUGAGUUGGCUCACGGGCAGAGGGGCAGGCCUGGAGGCCCCCCAGAUUCACCUGAGCCCUCCUUCCCAGCCUGAGGCCUCUCAAAGCCCAGCUGGCACCAAAGAGCUUGGGCCGAUGCUGACUGCCCCCCAGGCCUCCUGGCCAGACCUCAGAGGUCCUGGCUAGCUGGCACAGCAGGGGGUGGCCGUCAACUCUGGCCACAGGACCCGAGUCUGGGCUUGGGCCCCAGGAUGGAGGGUCCCCCACUCUGCCCGUGACCCUCGUGGUGGGUUGAUGUGAGGGUCCCUCUCAAGCCAAAAAGCCGGGAUCUUUGCACAGCUCCGUUAACUCCAGUGGGUCCCCACCCCCAGGGGACACUCCCACCCCCGGCAGUUGGGGGGGUGCUUCCUGGGCUGGUCCUUACCAACACAGACGGUGCAAACACUCUGAACAGUGUUGUUUUUGUAUCAAUAUGUUUGUGCAGUGAUGAAUGUAUUUAUUUCUCAGACUUGGGGCGAGUGAGCGGCCGGCUCCGCCACCGCUCGCUCCCACCAGACCGAGCCAUCGCAAGGGCUCCUCCAGGAUUGCAAAAAAGGUAAAAAAGAGAAGAUGAACCUUUAAGCAAAGAAGAAUCUCAGAGACUCGCAGCAUAGCCAUACACCUCAGCCUGUGAAAUGAACAAUUCGGACCCAGACUGACUUGGAA